AUGAAGUUUAUUCUGAUUGAUCAGGCGCCAGAGCUUCCUAUUGAAUUUCUUCCAAAAGGCGAUUGCUACAGAAAGGGAAGACUGUUUGGGCCAAAGGGUGAGGAGAUUGAAAAUACCACCGACUGCGACCUCUUACAGGAUGCACGUAGAGCAGCAGAGGCUCACAGAAGAGCGCGGUACAAGGUCCAGAGUAUCAUAAGGCCGGGGAUAACGCUUUUGGAGAUUGUAAGAUCCAUAGAAGACUCGACAAGAACACUUCUGGAGGGAGAAAGAAACAAUGGAAUAGGAUUUCCGGCAGGGAUGUCGAUGAACUCAUGUGCAGCACACUACACAGUCAAUCCUGGGGAGGAGGACAUUGUUCUCAAAGAAGACGAUGUUUUAAAAGUCGACUUUGGAACACAUUCGAACGGGCGAAUAAUGGAUUCUGCAUUUACAGUGGCAUUCCAAGAGAAUCUCCAACCUUUGCUGAUGGCAGCCAGGGAAGGAACAGAGACAGGAAUAAGAUCUUUAGGAAUAGAUGCAAGGGUCUGCGACAUAGGAAGAGAUAUCAACGAAGUCAUCACAAGUUACGAAGUUGAAAUAGAAGGGAAAACAUGGCCAAUUAGGCCGGUGUCUGAUCUUCAUGGGCAUUCCAUAUCGCAGUUCAAGAUCCACGGCGGGAUUUCAAUACCUGCUGUUAACAACAGAGACACAACAAGAAUCAAGGGAGACACGUUUUAUGCUGUGGAGACUUUUGCAACAACAGGAAAGGGAUUCAUAAACGAUAGAUCUCCAUGCUCCCACUUCAUGCUGAAUGUGCACAAGAGCAGGAAGCUCUUCAAUAAGGAUCUGAUAAAGGUUUAUGAGUUUGUAAAGAGCUCGUUUGGAACUCUUCCCUUCAGUCCGAGACACUUGGAUCACUACAACCUGGUUGAGGGCGGGUCUCUAAAAAGUGUGAAUCUUCUUACGAUGAUGGGCCUCUUUACUCCAUAUCCCCCUCUCAACGACAUCGACGGCUCCAAGGUUGCCCAGUUCGAGCACACUGUCUAUCUAAGCGAGAAUGGAAAGGAGAUUCUUACUCGAGGCGACGAUUAUUAA